AUGAAGGUUUCGCUUUUGUUUAUAUUUAGCAGCAUCUGCUUGGCAGAAUGCUACCGAUUGGGUUCGUCAGCAGCGAGUAGUGCUAAUGAAUUGGAAUAUCCAAGGCUUGACUUCGCUUCCUAUGUUGCCAUAAGGGACCUUCUUUCACGGCUUCUUACCAACAAAAAUAAUAACAAUAAUGACAACAAUGUAGCUGUAACUGGCAAAAUUCCGAACUCCGUGGAAGCAGCAAAUACCCCAGCUGAGUUCGAAGUAAAUUCUCCCGUUAACACAGAUACCGAGUCACAGUUUGUCGUUGCGCAACCGCCAAAUGAAAAUAGUGUUGGCUCAGUUCUAGAUUUUCCAGUCGAACCUCCAUUUCUUGAAAAACAAACUCAAGGCAGCCAAGAGGGGCCACUAAUUCCAACAGAUCUUGAAGCUGUUAAUACUAACAACAAUCAACCAUUGUCUCCUCCAUUGCCUACGAAUCAAAAUCGUCCGAGACCACCAAGCUCAUCGAUAAGCGCGGCUGUUCAGCCUGUGUUGCCCAUCUCUAAUAGCCAGAGCGUAUCGUAUCCAGCUGGUGAGUCCAACUCUAUACUGGCACAAUCACCACAAGCUUCUCAACCACCACAAGCUCCCCAAACACCAAGUUCCAUUGAAAGUUUUCCAACACCGCCACAAAUUUCCAGCCGACCUCAGGAAUUUCCAACGCCACCACAAUUGUCAAGCAACGCAGAAAAUAAUUCCAUACCAGCUUCGAAUUCCAAUUCAAAUCGCCCAUUACCGCCAAUAAGUUCUCUUCCAAGUCGUCCAAAUUCAGCUUUGCCUAGUCUGGCUUAUCUACUGUCAACUUUAAAUCAGAAUGGCUCGAUUCCAUCAGCGCCUCACGCGCCUUUUUUGGGUUAA